AUGAAUGUGAAUAAGGAAUUGGAAUCUUUGUGUAGAUAUUUAGAGAAAGAGGAAUGUUUUUCAAAAAGAGUUAAGGAGGAGAAUAGGGAAUUAAAUGAAAAGAAUAUAAAUGAAAAGCGAGUGACUAAGAGUCCAAAAGAAAGGGAAUGCCAGAAGAGAUGGGGAGUGGAAGAUCGAGAAUAA